UUUUAAGGUGAAGGACAUUCGUUCAUUUUUAUCUUGAUAAACAAUGUUUAUCAAUAUAAUCGAAAAACUGGUUUUAUCAAAGUAUUGCGUCAUUUAAAUUGUCGUUACAUUUUCGUGAUUUACGCGUUCAUGUACCUGCUUUCUUUUUUUCGCAGCCUCCCAGAAUUACCGCCUCGCGUGGACAUUAUCUCUAAGAUAUUUGCCGACAUCUGAUCAACAGUGUAGGUACAAAAACAACGUGCGCUAAUUGCACUUAUUUACGCAUCACCAUAUCGCGUGCCAAAACAAACAUAAACGAAACGAAGCACAAUAAUUCCUCUCUUUCGAGAAAAAAAAAACGCGCGGCGCUUUACAUUUUCUACAUCAGUGCAGUAUGAAAAUAGUAAUAAUAAGAUUUUUUUAAAUAAAUAAAGAGUAUAGUUGAAAUUUUAUACGAGUGUUGCCUCUCUCGGAGGAGAAUGGAACUACCUGCAUACACACGCGCGCGCAGCAGCAACGAAAAGAGAUCGACGCACGUACCGAUAUCUGUUUUUUCAGAGUCGCGUAGAGAUAGUUUAGUCGGCUGCGUGCGCUCGUCGUGGUGCUAACCGUGUCGUCGCUGCUGUUGAUCAACUGAAAUAUACAACGCGACAUGCUGCGAAUAGACCGGGAAACUGGCGAGGAGCUUGAGUACGAGAUGAGCAAUGCCGAGACUGGUGAACCUGAGCCACAUUACCAAUCGCCAAAUCGUAAAAAACCCUUCAAGAUUCCCAUACAAGAGACAGAAAAUCAGUCAAUCGUUAACAGUUCGAGGGAAAAAAAAAUUUGGCCGGAAUUCGAGCCAGUGCCAACGGGUGUAUCUUUCGGUGAAACCAAACCGAUCUGUCUACUCUUGCCAGCCAUAGUUUACUGCAGGUGGUUACUCGGAGUAUUAGCCCUUAUCGAAUGGCUGCUACACGUUUACGCACAUCUAUGUCAAAAUGAGACCUGCAUGAACGUCGUCGGCAAGAUCCAGCAGAAUCGCAUGCACAAAUUCUUCAAACAAUGUCAUUAUAUCAAGAGAGUUGUUCAGUGAGACAUAGCUACAAGCCUUUUGUUUUGUGUCUUUAUUUUUGGCUUUUACAAUCAGGUGCUUGGUGAAAAGGAUAUUAUAUCUCGCAUCGCUGGGUCAACUGUCCUCUAUAUAUGCAUGAUUUAAUUUCAUUGUUUUUGACGUUAGAGUACUUAAUGCGUCAUAGUUGGGCCAGGCGGAUUUGUUUGUCUGUUUUUUGUAUAUCGCCGAUGUAUUUACACGUACUUGCAAGUACGUUGGUGAAAGUUGCUUUAUUUUGAAGGCUAUCGUUUUUAGUUUGUUAUUUAAAAGAAAUCUAUUAGGUAAACAAUUUUUUUUCUGAUAUGAAAUUGGAAUAAAUAAUUUGUCAUCUUAUCAAAGUGUAUACAUUUUUAUAAUGAAAGCUUCCGUAUACAAGUAAAUAAAACUCAUCAUUUUUAUACAACAUGAUGU